AUGCUGUGGUUUACUUUUAAUUUGUUAUCAUUCCAUUUUAAUUACAUGCCACCAUCCUGCCUGCCAUGCUCCGCAGAUAUUUUCAAUUACGAGAAACCACCAAUUGAAAAUGAGUAUUUCGAUGUAAAUGAGGAGGGAAUAAUAUGUCCCUGUUUGCCAGAGUGCUCGAGAAUAGACUACAGUGUGGAAUUGUUUGAGAAUUUGGGAAUGGAGACUGGUAAUGAUUCAGUGGCUCUGGAUAUUAAUUUUAAAUCUUCGACUAUGCUGAGGUAUAGGACUGACGUGACAUUUGGAUGGUUGGAUUUAAUGGUUGCAUUUGGUGGAAUUGCUGGUCUCUUUCUCGGCUGUUCACUGCUUAGCGGUGCAGAAUUAGUUUAUUAUCUUACAAUUGGCUUAUUUUGGCACAACACCAAUACCCAACCACAGCGUCCGCCAAAAUAUAUCCAGAGAACCCCAACGAGAAUUAAUACCAUUUCCCAUGGCAUCGAACAUGUCCAGCAACAGUGGAGAUUGGCCAAGGGGAACAUGUUUAUUGUGGAGGCAACACAAUUUCCGCUCAGAAAAUAGAUCCACAGCUCAUUAAUAACUCCAUUUCUUUUUAAAUUUUUCUCUUUUCUGAAUGUAUCUUCAUUUUCUUUUUAUUUUAAAACAUUCCUGUGUUUCUUGGAAUAUUUUUUUUCGUAAGAAAUAAGCCUAUAAGAGCUUCAGUUCACAUUGAUUAUAACGCGGUUACAGUAAAAAUUAUUUGCUAAUUAAUAUAAGAAUUGUAUUUACACAUUUUUUUCCUUUGAUUCGAGAGACAAAAUAUCUAGACAAGGAAGCAUUCAAGAAAUAUUGUGGAUGUUUUUGAUAUCUUAACAAUUAAUAAAGCUAUCACAACCUCUCUCCGAGAUGAUAUAUACUUCAAAUGAAAACGCUUAUUUUACAUUGAUUGUGGUUUUUUUAAAAGAUAUGUUUUUAUGUGAUAUUAAAACCGUUCACAAUUUUGGAAGAACUUGCAGAAAUUUUUCAACACUUGGGAGGAAAGAUGAGGAUUUUUAUAAAGAAAAAGAUAGUGAAACCUUCAAUAAGAAAUGAAAUGGAUGUCUUAGACCCAAAACAUUUUAUUGUUCUAUAAAUGUUUAUCUAAAUGUGUAAUAACUGCUCGAGUAGCAAAAUUUGGCUAUUAGUGUACAAAAUGAAGGUGACGAAAACUUUAUCUGCACAUCAUUUAAAUAAAUUGGGACACUCCUGAACUCUAACUAAUCUCUUACCUGAUUAAUACGUAAUUGAAAGCAUGAUGCACAAAUGCCCAAAAAAUUACUUUGACUAUACGAUAGUAAUAACGUUAUGCCCAACGCACAAUAAUUUUUGUUUUGUAAACAUGUUUUUGACAUUUCAAUGAGAGUGAGUGAGAUCUAGAUCUAGUCAUCUCGCUCAUUCUCAUGAGAAAUUUUGAAAACAUGUUUACAAACAAAAGUUAUUGUGCGCUGGGCAUUAAGCUGACUUUAUUUUGUUUCUUGGGUAUAAUUUUCUUAAUUUUGCUUUAUUUAGAAUUUCAGAGUAUAAACGGUUAUAGAAUAGACAUUUUUGUGUCAUUUUAUCAACAAACCGUUUCACUUCAAAGAGUUAUAGGUUAUUGCAUUACUACACUGAGAGAAAUCCGAAAAAGUUAAAAUAACAUUCCGGAAAUGUUAAUUUUAGCCUGAAUUAUUGAUCCGAAAUCGGUGUUAAUAUUAUGCUUUUUAGGUUUAUUAGGGGUUAAAGUUAUCCUUUUUCAUGUUAAUUUUACACUUAAAAUGGUGUAAAAUUAACAUUAAAAAAUAUUGAUAUAUUUUUACAUCUAAAGAGUGUUAAAGUUAUAAGGAAAAAAAGUUAAUCGCACCCUCUUUUUUCUCAGUGUAUGUAAAGCACACAUUGAGAAAAAAAGAGGCUGCGAUUAAGUUUUCUUCGUCAUUACUUUAACACUUUCUGGGUGUGAAAAUAUAUCAACAUUUUUUAAUAUUAAUUUUAUACUUUUUAAGGGUAAAAUCAACAUGAAAGAAUGGUAACUUUAACCCAUAAUAAUUCUAAAAAGGGUAAUAUUUACACCGUUUUCGGAUCAAUACUGCAGGGUAAAAUUAACAUUUCAGGAAUGUUUUUUUUUAACUUUUUCGGAUUUCUCUCACUCAGUGCAGUAUUAAUGAGUUCGUUUCGCUUAAAGAGUUUUACACGACGAUACGAAUAAAUUGGACUGAAUUAAAUCCAUUUUUAAAAUAAUUCUGAGUUAUAUGGUUUCAAAGGGCUUAGGAAAAAGGAAAAAAAAUCGCGAACUAUUAAAAUAAUAAAAGGGAGGGUCUUCACAACCCCGAAUUAGAUAUCUUUUAUCGUUUGACCUCUAGGCCGGUAUAAAGCAUACGGGCAAAUGAAAAGUAGUGCUCGAGAAACAUAAACCAAUGAAUGUAAAUGGCAUAAAAUAAUAGUAAAAAAAUAUUUGGUCAGCAAAAAAUUCGAAAUAGUCAGUAAAAAGUUAAAAAAUGGUCAAUAGAAAAUAAAAAAAGCGAAGUAAAAAUUUAAAAAAAGGUAGUAAAAAAUAGAAAAAGAGCAGUAUUGUAUUAAAACCGGUCAUUAAAAAUUAAAGUGAACAGUAAAAAAAAACAAAACAUGGACAGGAAAAAUAAAAUUUGAUCAAUAAAAAAUAGCUGUCAGCAAAAAAUUAAAACUGAGUAAAAUAUUAAAACUGAACAAUAAAGAUAUUCAAUUUUGUCAGUAAAAAUUCUAAAUAUUCAGUAAAAAAUAAAAAAGGGUCAGUAAAAAAUUGAAAAAAAGGCAGCAAAAGCUUAAAAAAAUAAAGCUUAAAAAUGUUAGAAAAAAUUAAAGCCAGUGAUGAGCCUAGAUCAGCUUAUAGAGGUGCGAUUCCUUCAUUGCAAAUUUGGAUUGUGGCAAACUCGAACGAUAUU